AUGACAGCGAUAUUAACUACCACUCUCCUUAAGAACGUACUGCCAAUACUGGCUGUACUAGUUUUGAAACUUCUAUUGUUUGUCCAUCCUGUACGAGACGACCAGGGAAACCAAAUUCCUGGGCCCAAUUGGCAAUGGCUGAAUGGACAGACGUUGGACAAGUUCCUAGAUGGCAGAGGAAAGGCUCAAGAGUGGCAGAAGUUUGGCCAGAUUUACCGAAUUUGGGCUUGUUCCAAUCCGGAAAUCGUCAUCACAAAGCCCGAGGAUGUCAGGGCAUUCCAUACCGACUCCAGUUUUCAUAACAAGGCCCAGUCAAGCAAUGCCGGAUGGCUGUUUCACCAGCUGUUGGGAGAAUGUAUGGGUCUCAUCAACGGAACUCGAUGGAACAAGGUCCGCUCUGAGUUCGGACCAGCCUUCAUUCAUUCUGCCGUGGUUCAGAAAGCUCUUGACAUAAGCAAAGAUGCCAAGCGCUUUAUUGGGAACUUUGGCACAUCACCUGUACUUACAAUGCAUGCCGCAAGCACGGUGUCGCGAUUUCCAUUCUUUUGCACAGCUAGCCAUCUGUAUGGGGAGCUCAGUUGUGAAGAGCAGCUCGAGUUAUGGGAACUUGGCCAGCGCAAUCUGCAAAUGAUGGGACAUAUACUGUCAGGCGGACUGUUCAGGUUCCCCAUCGCCCGUUACUUCCAUAGAAGUGCCGCCCAUCGUCUCGAGAGUUUUUCGCACGAUUGGACACAGUUCAAUCGACGCAUCUACCACAAAAGACUCAACAAUGGCUUUCAACCACCCAUCGUUUCCAUCUGGCAGAAAGUCCUUGAUGGCACCUUGACUGAAGAAGAGGUCGUCCAUACCCUCAGUGAGAUCCUGUUUGCCAACUUGGAUGUUUCAACGGGCAAUCUGUCAUGGCUUGUGAUAUACUUGGCAAAGUACAAAGACAUACAGAACCAGCUUGUGCAAGAGCUCAAGCAGAAUGAGAAGGAUUUGGACAGCUACUGCUCACGAAAAGAUACGUUACUGGCGUAUUCCGUCUUGGAAACACUUCGGCUUCGUCCUUUUACGGUAUUUUCUAUACCCGAGAGUUCUCCUAAAGACAAGGUGCUCCAAAAUUUUAGAGUACCUCGAAACACGUCUGUUGUUGUCAACACGUUAGCCAUCAACUACAACCGCGAGUUCUGGGGUGAGAAAAACGAGAUCUUCGACCCUAAUCGGUUCAGGUCAAUCAAAAACCUUGAGCUACGAUACAACUUGUUCGCUUUCGGCCUGGGAAGUAGGAAAUGCUUGGGAUCACAUUUUGCAGAGAUGAUGAUGAAGUACUUUGUCAUUCAUUUGCUCGAUUUGUACUCCCUAGACAUCCCUGUAGAUAAGAAGGCGAGAAAGGAGGAUACGUCUAUGGAUACCUGGGUACCCAUCCCAGAUAUGGAAAUUAUACUGCGCAGACGACCAUUCAGUUUGUUCCAAAGCCAAAUGGGGUGA